AUGAAACGUGGAACUUUAAUACUUGAAGAUGGUUCUAAAUUCAAUGGUUUUGUAUUUGGAGCUUCAACUAAUACUUCUGGUGAAGUCGUAUUUCAAACUGGUAUGGUCGGUUAUAUUGAAUCAUUAACUGAUCCAUCGUAUUGUGGAGAAAUUUUGGUUCUUACUUUUCCACUUAUUGGCAAUUAUGGUGUACCCGAUGAAAAAGCUGUCGAUGAUUUUGGUCUACUUCAAUGGGUUGAAUCGAAUAAAAUCUAUGCAUCUGCAUUAAUUGUUAGUGCUUAUACAGAACAAUAUAGUCAUUGGAAUGCUGUUGAAUCUCUUUCAUCAUGGUUAAAAAAACAUAAUAUUCCUGGUCUUUAUGGUAUUGAUACACGUAUGUUAACAAAAAAACUUCGUGAACAUGGAACAAUGCUUGGAAAAAUUGUUAUGGAAGGAGUUGAUCCAAAAACAAUUCCAUUUCAAGAUCAGAAUAAAGCUAAUCUUAUGAUACAAGUUUCAAUUCCAAAACCACGUGUCUUUAAUCCAACAGGCAAACUAUCGAUUGCUUGUAUUGAUUGUGGUCUUAAAAAUAAUCAAUUAAGAAUUUUAUGUCAACUUGGUGCAAAAGUAACUGUUUUUCCUUGGAAUCAUCCUGUUAAACAAGAUGAGUUUGAUGGUCUAUUUUUGAGUAAUGGUCCUGGUGAUCCACAAACACAAUGUCCAGAAACUAUUGCAACAAUUGCAUCAUGGAUUAACAGUAAAACUAUUAAACCAGUAUUUGGUAUUUGUCUUGGUCAUCAGUUAAUGGCAUUAGCUGCUGGAAUGAAAACAGCAAAACUUAAAUAUGGAAAUCGUGGUCAUAAUCAACCAUGUUUAUUGGAAGGAACUCAUCGUUGUUUUAUAACAUCACAAAAUCAUGGUUUUGCUGUUCAAACAUUCGAAGGUUUACCUCAAGAUUGGAGUAUUUUAUUUACAAAUCAAAAUGAUCAAUCAAAUGAAGGAAUUGUUCAUGAUAUUAAACCAUUCUUUAGUGUUCAAUUUCAUCCUGAACAUUGUGCUGGACCACGUGAUACAGAAAAUUUAUUUCAAAUAUUUCUUGAUGUUGUUCAAUCAUAUAAAUUAAGGAAACCAAUGAAUGUGAAAUCAUAUUUAAAAGAACAAUUAACUAGUCGUUUUAGUGGUGUUAGUGCUCCACCAGAAUCAUUCUGUGAGCGUGUGAACAAAGUAUUGAUUUUGGGUAGUGGUGGUUUGAUUAUUGGACAAGCUGGAGAAUUUGAUUAUUCUGGAACACAAGCAAUAAAAUCGAUGAAUGAAGAAAAUGUGUAUACUAUAUUAAUUAAUCCAAAUAUAGCAACAGUUCAAACAUCAAAAGGUCUUGCUAAUAAAGUAUUCUUUUUACCAAUAACACCAGCUUAUGUUGAACAAGUUAUUCGUAAUGAACGUCCCAAUGGUAUUUUACUUAGUUUUGGUGGACAAACAGCAUUGAAUUGUGGUAUUCAAUUACAUGAAUCGGGUAUUCUUAAAAAAUAUGCAUGCAAUGUAUUAGGAACACCAAUUAAAUCCAUACAAGUUACUGAAGAUCGAUCUUUAUUUGCACAAAAGAUGGCUGAUAUUGGUGAAAAAGUUGCACCAUGUGAAGCUGUUAAUUCUCUUGAAGAGGCAUUAGUAUCAGCUGAACGACUUGGUUAUCCAGUUCUUGUUCGAGCGGCUUUUGCACUUGGUGGUCUUGGUUCAGGUUUUGCUGAAAAUCGUGAAGAAUUAAUUCCUUUAGUUACAUCAGCAUUAGCACAUUCAUCUCAAUUACUAAUUGAUAAAUCACUUAAAGGUUGGAAAGAAGUCGAAUAUGAAGUUGUUCGAGAUAAAUAUGAUAAUUGUAUUGUGGUAUGUAAUAUGGAAAAUAUUGAUCCAUUAGGAAUUCAUACUGGUGAAUCAAUUGUUAUUGCACCAAGUCAAACAUUAUCAAAUGACGAAUAUAAUUUAUUACGAAGUGUAUCAAUUAAAGUUAUUCGUCAUUUGGGUAUUGUUGGUGAAUGCAAUGUACAAUUUGCAUUAAGUCCAUUUAGUAAUGAAUAUUUUAUAAUUGAAGUUAAUGCACGAUUAUCUCGUUCAUCGGCAUUAGCAUCAAAAGCAACUGGUUAUCCAUUAGCAUAUAUAGCAGCUAAACUUGCACUUGGAAUGAGUUUAGUUGAAUUAAAAAAUAGUAUAACUAAUGAAACAUGUGCUUGUUUUGAACCAAGUCUCGAUUAUGUAACAAUUAAAAUUCCACGAUGGGAUUUAAGAAAAUUUGUUCGAUGUUCAAAUAAAAUUGGAAGUUCAAUGAAAAGUGUUGGUGAAGUUAUGGCUAUUGGAAGAUCAUUUGAAGAGACAUUUCAAAAAGCUUUACGAAUGGUUGAUGAAGAUUUUAUUGGUUUUGAUCCAUAUUCAAGAACAAUUACAGAUGAUGAAUUAAGUUCACCAACAGAUAGACGUGUUUUUAUCAUAGCAACAGCUCUGCGUCAAGGUUAUACAAUAGAACGUUUAUUUGAAUUAACAAAAAUUGAUCGAUGGUUUUUACAUAAAUUUUCAUCAAUUAUUCAAUUUAUUGUUAAUCAUUCUGAUUCAUCAAUUAUUCAAGAUCGAACACUUUUACUUGAAGCAAAACGUUUAGGAUUUUCUGACAAACAAAUUGGCAUAUAUUGUAAUACAACAGAACUUGAAGUUUAUGCAUCACGUCAACGAUUUCGUAUACGACCAUACGUUAAACAAAUUGAUACUGUGUCUGGUGAAUGGCCAGCACAGACCAAUUAUCUUUAUUUAACGUACCAUGGUAAUAGUGAUGAUAUACAACCCAGUACAAAUGAAGAAACACCAAUUCUUGUACUUGGAUCUGGUGUUUAUCGAAUAGGAAGUAGUGUGGAAUUUGAUUGGUGUGCUGUUGGAUGUUUAAAAGAAUUACGACGUCUUGGUCAUUAUACUUUGAUGCUUAAUUGUAAUCCAGAAACAGUUAGUACUGAUUAUGAUAUGAGUGAUAGAUUAUAUUUUGAAGAAAUUUCAUUUGAAUCUGUACUUGAUGUUUAUAAUUUUGAAAAACCACAUGGUAUUAUUUUAUCUAUGGGUGGACAAUUACCAAAUAAUAUUGCAAUGGAUUUACAUCGACAAAUACAUGUUAAUGUUCUUGGUACUCUACCAGAAAGUAUUGAUAGAGCUGAAAAUCGUUUUAAAUUUUCUCGUUUACUUGAUGAAAUUAAUAUUCGACAACCAAAAUGGAAAGAAUUAUCAGAUUUUGAUAGUGCUAGUGCUUUUUGUGAUUCAGUUGGUUAUCCAUGUCUUGUUCGUCCAUCCUAUGUUUUAUCUGGUGCAGCAAUGCGUACUGUUUUUAAUGCUAAAGAUUUAAAAACAUAUUUAAGCGAACAUGGUCUUUCAAAAGAAUAUCCUGUUGUUAUUUCAAAAUUUAUUCUUGAUGCAAAAGAAUUAGAUAUUGAUGUUGUUGCAGGGAAUGGACAAGUUGUUCGAAUGGCUAUUUCUGAACAUGUUGAAAAUGCUGGUGUUCAUUCUGGUGAUGCUACUUUAGUAACACCACCACAAGAUCUUAAUGAAAAUACUAUUGAAAAAAUUCGAUCAAUCUGUUUUUCAGUUGCUAAAGCAUUACAAAUAUCAGGACCAUUUAAUCUACAAUUACUAGCUAAAGAUAAUGAAUUAAAAGUAAUUGAAUGUAAUGUUCGCGUAUCUCGUUCAUUUCCAUUUAUUUCGAAAACAUUUGAUCAUGAUUUUAUUGCUGUUGCUACACAAAUUCUAGUUGGUGUUGAACCAGAAGUAAUCGAAGAUGCACUUUUUCUUCAUUCAGAACGUGUUGGUGUUAAAGUUCCACAAUUUUCAUUUUCACGUUUAUCCGGUGCUGAUGUUUUACUUGGUGUUGAAAUGAUGUCUACUGGCGAAGUUGCUUGUUUUGGUGUUGAUCGUUUUGAUGCUUAUUUAAAAGCAUUAAUAAGUACUGGAUAUCGUAUACCAAAAAAAAAAAUUCUUGUUUCAAUUGGCUCAUAUAAAGCUAAACAAGAAUUAUUACCAUCUAUACGUAUUUUAAAAGAACUUGGUUAUGAAUUAUAUGCUAGUAUUGGAUCAGCUGAUUUUUAUGAAGCUAAUAAUGUACCAAUUCAUCCAAUUGAUUGGAAAUAUGAAGAAACAGAAACAAAUUCAACUGGUUCAGGAUAUACUAAUGGUUUUCAUGAUUCACCAACAAAUGAAAAUGGUCCAGAAACAACAAUUGCAGAUUAUCUUGCUAAUGGUUCAUUUGAUUUAGUCAUUAAUAUUCCAAUGCGUUCAACAGGAUUAUUUCGUGCAUCAUCAUUUGUUACUGAAGGAUAUCGUUGUCGUCGUUUAGCUACUGAUUAUAGUGUACCAUUAAUGACUGAUGUUAAAUGUGUUAAAUUAUUUGUUGAAGCUUUACGUCGAUGGAAUCAUCAAGAAAUAAAACUUGAUAUGUCUAUUGAUUGUAUUUCAUCGACAACACUUAUUCAAUUACCUGGAUUAAUUGAUUGUCAUGUUCAUUUACGAGAACCUGGUGAUGAACAUAAAGAAGAUAUUGUUAGUGGUACAGCUUCAGCUUUAGCUGGAGGUAUUACAAUGGUUUUAGCAAUGCCGAAUACUAAACCAGCAUUAACAAAUGCAACUGUAUUAGAUACAAUUGAAAAACUCUAUGAAAAAAAAGCUUUAUGUGAUUAUGGUUUAUAUAUGGGUGCAACUGUUGAUAAUUUUCAAACUAUUCCUGAUAUUGCACAUCGAUGUAUUGGAUUAAAAAUGUAUCUAAAUACAACAUUUGGCGAUUUAAAAUUGGACGAUAUGGAAAUAUGGAUGAAACUUUCAAAUGACUCACAUCUCAAAGGAUUUGAUAAGAUAAGUGUUCAUAUUGCACAUGUUGCUCGUCGUAAUGAAAUUCUUUUAAUACGAGCAGCAAAAUUAAAAGGUUUAUUAGUAACAUGUGAAGUAACACCACAUCAUUUAUUUCUUCAUCGUGAUAAUACACAAUUUAUAUUAAAUGCAUAUGGUAAUAUGGAAGGUUUUCGUCAUGUUAAACCUGAACUUCAAACAAUUAAUGAUUGUCAAGCAUUAUGGGAUAAUAUUGAUAUAAUUGAUUGUUUUGCUACAGAUCAUGCACCACAUACACGUGAAGAAAAAUCUAAUAAAGAAAAUCCACCACCUGGUUUUUCUGGUUUACAAACAAUAUUACCAUUAUUAUUAACAGCUGUACAUGAUGGAAAAUUAACAAUUGAACAAUUAAUUGAAAAAAUGUAUACAAAUCCAAAACGUAUAUUUAAUUUACCUGAUCAAGGUCCUGAUACAUUUAUUGAAAUUGAUAUGGAAAGAAAAUGGAUAAUUGAUGAUAAAUUGUUAUUAACAAAAUCAGCAUGGACACCAUUUAUUGGUAUGACAAUGCAUGGUGCUGUUCAUCGUGUUGUAUUACGUGGUGAAGUUGCUUUUGUUGAUGGACAAGUAUUAGCUGAACAAGGUACAGGAAAAAAUCUUAUUCAUUUACGUGGUGAAUUAAAUCGAAUGAAAAAAUUAAAAACACCACAAAAUUUAAUAUUGGAAAAUAAACGUUCACCUACUCAGGCUGAUCGAAAACGACACCGAGAUAUUAGUGAACCUGGUGCACAAGAUAAACCAGAAAAUAUACCAAGAAUAGGUGCUAUUCUAGCAAGACAUCAUAUACUUAGUUCUUCAAAAUUAAAUCGUGUACAAUGUCGAGAAAUUUUUACAUUGGCACAUUAUUAUCGUAAUUGUCAAUUACAUCAUCGUCCAAUAGAACCAGUAUUAACUGGUAAAAUUUUAUCUCAUAUGUUUUUUGAACCUUCAACACGUACACAAUGUUCAUUUGCUGCUGCAAUGUUACGUCUUGGUGGUACUGUUCUUCCAUUUGAUAGUCAAUUAUCAUCAAUUAAAAAAGGCGAAUCACUUGAAGAUUCAGUUCGAAUGUUAAUGACUUAUGCUGAUGUUAUUGUUAUUCGUCAUCCUGAAGUAGGUGCAGUACAACGUGUAGCUGAUAUUUCACGUGUUCCAGUUAUUAAUGCUGGUGAUGGUAUUGGUGAACAUCCAACACAAGCACUUCUUGAUGUUUUUACAAUUCGAGAAGAAUUUGGAACAUUUAAUGGUUUAACUAUUACAAUGGUUGGUGAUUUAAAACAUGGUAGAACAGUUCAUUCACUUGCAAGAUUAUUAACUAUAUACAGUGAUAAAUCAAUUUCACUUCAUUAUGUUUCUCCAUCUUCAUUAGCUAUGCCUCAAGAUGUAAUGGAUUGUGUUGCAGCAGCAGGCAUUCCUCAAAAAUCAUAUACAAAUCUUGAAGAUAUAUUACCAGAUACUGAUGUUCUUUAUAUGACUCGAAUACAAAAAGAACGAUUUACGUCUGAAGAAGAAUAUAAAAAGGUUUGUGAUCAUUAUAAAAUAACACCAAAUUUUAUGUGUAAAGCUAAAAAACAUGGCAAAAUGAUUGUUAUGCAUCCAUUACCUCGUCUUGAUGAAAUAAGUACUACAUUUGAUAGUGAUCCUCGAGCUGCAUAUUUUCGUCAAGCUGAAAAUGGUCUUUACAUUCGAAUGGCACUACUUGCAAUCAUACUUUCGAAAUGA